UCUCGUUGCCAUUUCUGCGACUGGAAAACGAUCUAGAGAUGAAUCUCUCAAGGAGAUAUUGCCUCUUUUUAAAGAUCUCAGCAUGAAGAUUAUGACCUUUCAAGAGGAAGCGUUAACGUGGUGUGUUGACGUGCUUAGCUCACAGCUAAGCGCUGGAGAUUGCAAGUUUUUCACUACUGCUGUACAGAAGCUUAUGUUCUUAGAACCUGUUGAGGAAUAUAACUUAUCAUCGUCGAGUGGUACCGUCGAGCUAAACUCUUUCCAGCUUGUUGCAUUCUCCAUGCACGCUUCCGAGGAAGUACUUGCGCGAAUAAUUUUGAUGGGAAUAUCGAAUCAGUUCCCGAUGCAGCAAGAAGAUGCUCUUCACAUAAUUGAGAAGCUGGUGUGGCGGGCGGCCGCUUCGGAUAAGCAUGCCUUCGGGACGCUGUUUGCUGAUAGCUUGCAGUUACCUGCAGCGAUUAUGAAGCUUUCAUCGUUUUACUUACCAAGUGUCUCUCGGCAGCCAUUGCCGCAACUUGUCAUAAAAGAUUUGUACUGGAGGUCUUGCCUAGUUAUUAUAGUUAUCGCUGCUUAUAAUCCAGCGACAAUUGGUAAGAGCGUUUGGGAGAACUUCCCAUCAGUCAGAUAUCUUCUGCAGUACCUUAUAACAGAAGGCACAAAGUCGGGUUUGUCGGCAGCAGAUAUCCUUGAAGACAAAGAGGCUGUACUAAACGAUAUCAAGGCUGAGGAAAUAUUAGACUCUUUUCUGAUAAAAGAGUUGGAAUGCGAGCCCACGAAUGUGAUGGAACCAUGGAAAGGAAAUAUCAUGCUCUUAAACACCCAGACCAAUCGAAGAAAACCUCCAACUUACAUUUUGGAAGAGCUAAAAGAUAUCGAGCCAUCUUAUGACUUGGGCAGAAGGAUCCGCUCCUGCACGGAACCAAGCUUUUUGUGUAAUACGGUCAGUUCGCAGCAGGACUUCAAGGAAGCCUGGGAAUGGAUCCAGAAGGUCGCGGGAAAACAGCCAGAAGUACUGGGAAUGCUGCCUUGUGAUUGGCAGUGCAAGCUCCUCUAUCGCUUCAUAUUUCAAGCUGCCAAGUCUCCUAUACACGAUUUUCUACAUAACUUGAGAAAGCUGUUUUCUGAGGACAAAGCUUCCGAAGGUGACGCUGUUAGUGUUAUGAAGUUCCUGUCCGAUAAAUUGGUAUCUCGGAAUUCUCAUGUCCGAGCUUGCGGGCGAAAAUGCAUCUCUGGUAUUAUGAACGGCAUGGUGUCGAAGACUGCGGAUCCUACAGUAGAUAUUUAUGCUCAAAGUGCCGAAUUUACUUGGCUUGAGGCACUUGAGAUUGCAAAACAAGCGGCAACGGUUUCUAGCGCCAUUCAGGAAGCUUUACAAUACGAGUCCUCCAUAGACGUGGUGUGGGCAUAUCUGAAGUUUCUAAAGAAGCAACUAUCAACUUCAUCUUUGGCUUAUCUCAGUGCGCGCUUGCUUGUAUCAAGGAAACUUUUGGCCUCUAGCCUUCUGUCGACAUCAGCAAAGGAAAUUAUUUCAGGUUGGAAUGGCGAGAAUGCUUUUCCCAUCUUGGAAUUUUUCUUGGAUGCUUUCAACACAGUCUGCACACAGCCUUUAUCUAAAUGGGAUGAUGUUCCUGGUUCUUUGGUGAAGCUAUUUUCUAAACGACACGAUGGUACUGUGUUUCAUAUGGAAAUUCCAAAUAUCGUGGUCGAGGCAAUGGUGAAACUUCUGGGUUUCAUUGGCUCCAACGAAAAUGAAUCUUCCAGGGAGAUGGUCUCAUAUGAAAACAUCGUUCAGUUUCUCCUUCCAGGCUUUUUGGCCAAAGAUGGGGACUUAUCAAUGGCUUAUAUUGAGCUCAGCACCGGAGAGAAACUAUCAAUUCUAUCGAAGGAGCAACAAGACUGUCUCAUCAGCACAAAGGAUGCGCGACUGGUUAAAGCUGGACUCAUGGAUAUGGACGCUCGUCUCAAGGUUGAUGCCUUAAUCAAUCUACACGUAUCGGUUGAAGCAAGGGAGUGUCUGCUUGAGGAACUUUCGAGGCUUUCCGAAUCAAGUGUGAAAAACAUACUUCAGCCCCUAUCCACCUGGGAGCGUCUAUGGAUUUCUGGAUGUUUUCCAAAUAUCGAGGAGCCGGGAACGAGUCCAUUCUUGAAGAGUAUCUGUGAGCUGAAAGAAAACGUAAACGCGCAAUGGCUGUAAAGAUCGGACUCUGGUUAAAGUUCUUGAAACUGUAGAGUGGACCACACUCAGGUACUUUAAUAGGUGACAUUAUCGAAGGUGAAAGGGCCAACGAUUUUAUUGCAGCUUCACUCAUCAGCAACAUGCCGGAGAUUGUGGAGCUCAAAGUGGCAAUGUCCUGUCAGGGAUGUGUUGGUGCAGUGAAGCGAGUCCUUGGCAAGCUGGAAGGAGUGGACAAUUUCGAGAUUGAUCUCAAGGAGCAAAAAGUUUCGGUGACAACGAGCAGCCUCAAGCCGGAACAAGUGCUAGAGGCGGUGUCAAAGAGUGGAAAGGCGACCUCGUACUGGCCUGAGCCUCCAAAGGGAGAUGCAAAUCCCCCAAAAGAAGUAGCCCCAAAAGAAGUGUCUUGAGCAAAGAGUUGAAACUAUUGUAACUACUUUUACUUUGAGUUUUA